ACGACAACUUGGAAGUCACAUCACAUGAGUGUAUCACUGGCAGCGAGUACAUCAGUCGAUCACUCAUUAUCAUCAAUGUCAUCAACAACAGUAACAACAACAGAUAACAAUCAAAUAGAUGGAGGCGCGGCGACCAAUGCACAGGGAAGCGCAGCAAGUGCAUCUUCACCAGCAGCCAACAACAUCAACAACAAGAAAGUGACAGCAGUUAACAUUUGUACAUUGUUAGAGGCGAUAAAGAAAGAUGACAGGGAGUUUAUAAUGGAGUUUUGUAGGAUUAAUGUACGAGUGAUGGCAAAGCUGGAUCUGAGAGAUAGUGACGGCCGAACACCACUUCAUCACUGUGUCGAGUACGAUGCCUACUCGUCUCUCGAAGUCUUUCUCACACAGACCAACCUGCUCAACGACAUUGUGCACAGGGAUCGCGACGAUUGGUCCCCUCUACACUAUGCCGCACUCUUUGAUCGCAUCGAGUGUGCCCUCCUUCUGAUACAGCAUCAGGUCAACAUCAACGCGCCCACGAACGAGUCAUGGACACCAUUACAUGUCUGUGCUUGGAGAGGACAUUCAGACUUUGCUGCGAUGCUCAUUGAGAAGAAGGCAAAGCUGUCGUUGAAGAAUAAGCAGGGACUGACAGCUCAACAGUUGGCAUUGAACUCCUAUCACUUUGCUUUGGCCAAUGAGAUUGGUGAGGCAUUACAGACAAGGGACGACGAUGAUCAUCUCUCAAACAACUACAAUAAUGUUAGAGAUAUACAGGGUAUCACUGCUCUGCACUUGUGUGCACUCCAUGACAUGGCAGAGACGGUGGUACAGUUGAUGGAGCGAGGUGGAAUGCAUGUAAAUAUAGUAGACAACAAUGGAAGAACUCCCUUGCACUAUGCCGCGUAUGCCGGCAAGAUCGACGCGAUGAAGGCACUGAUUCAGCAUGGUGCCAUUGUAAAUAUUAGCCUUGGAAACACGGUGGUUGUCGGCUCGUCCGCCGCCGCCAACGCCGCCAACAUUGGUGGAAAGGUACGCAAGGAGUACGGCAUCACACCCCUGCACGAAGCGGCCUCGAGCGGACAUGUCAAGGCCGUGGCCUUGCUCUGUGCCAAUCAGGCCCAGGUCAACGCUCGAUCAUACUAUGGCACACCCCUGCACUACGCUGCAUCGAUUGGCGCAGCUGACUGCGUUCGCUUCUUGUUGGAGAAUGGUGCCGACAUUAGGAUACGAUCGGAUCAGGGCAUGACACCGCUGCACGUGGCCGCCUUCCAUGGAUGGACAGAGUGCAUCACCACGCUGGUGGCGGGUGGCGCUGAGGUCAACUCCAAGUGCGAGGAUGGCAGCACACCAUUGCUCAAGGCGACACUUGGUGCAUCUGGCUCCGAGACCAAGGAGCACAACCUGCAAUGUAUCAAUUCGUUGUUGGAGCGAGGUGCUGAUCCAAACAUCCCCAACGAUCAAGAUGAAACAGCACUACACUUUGCCGUCUAUUAUGGUCUGGCGGAAAUUGCACAGGUACUCAUUGGACGUGGCGCCAACCUAGAGGCACGCGACAAAUGGGGCGAAACUCCACUCCACAAGUCGGUGUACCAGAAUCAAAACAGGACUCUCGAGUUGCUGAUUGGAAUGGGCGCUAGGAUGACUGCAAGCAACUAUGAAGGCGAGACAGCACUUCAUGUGGCCGUGCGCAAGAGUGCCUCUGAGUGCACACACUCACUUGUGGCCAAGAACGCGCCGCUCGACUCACUCAACAAGUACGGCGAAACACCCCUUCACUACGCCUGCAUCAACGGCUCGAUCGAGUUGACAAUGUUAUUCCUGGAGAAGGGCGCCACGCCCCAUCUACCCGAUGCACAGGGCGACAUCCCAUUGAUGGUAGCACUGCGCAAGGGAUACACAGAGAUCGCAUUGGCAUUGAUCAGAUGGGGUGUUCAAGGAGGCAAGAAGACCAGCGAGAUGGCGACACGUGACUCAUUCUCAGGCGAAGUCAGAGAGUCUCCACUCGUCUCGCCCAUGCUACUCCCCAACCACUACAACGAACAUGCACUUCAUCCUGCUGCAAUGGCUGGAUACAACGAUUGUGUACUGGCAUUGCUUGGAGUGGGUGCUGACAUCAAUGAGAGCGAGUGCUAUGGCAACACACCCUUGCAUGGCGCAUGCUACAGUGGCAAUGCAGACCUCGUCGACAUGAUGAUCAAUAUGGGUGCAGACGUCAAUCGAACGAAUAAGGAUCAUGUCACUCCACUGCAUGUGGCUGCACUAUGUGGACAUUCGAGAGUGGUCGAGGUGUUGAUGUCCAAGAAUGUCAACUGCAAUCGAUGUGAUCGCAAUGGAAACACACCACUACACUGUGCAUCGUUGGCAGGUGAUAUCAACUCAAUCACCUUAAUGCUACAAUCCAAUGAAGUAUCAAUCGAUGUCAAGAACUCCAAGCAAUGGACUCCACUACAUAUGGCAUCAUCAGCUGGACAUCUAAUAUGUGCAAGGUUCUUAAUUAAUAAUGGCGCCAAUCCUAGUAUUAAGGAUAUAUCUGGAGAUACUGCAUUUGAUAUUGCCAAGUCGUCUGGACAUAUUGACACUGCAGCCUUCCUAAGGAACAUUAAGCCAAAGAAGGCUUUGAAGCUGUUUGGC